UCCGGAAGAACCUGGGGCGGGACCGUGGCUGUGGCUGGAGCUAGGCUUCGGGAUGCAGCGUCCUGGGCCCUUCAGCACCCUCUACGGGCGGGUCCUGGCCCCGCUGCCCGGACGGGCCGGGGGCGCGGCCUCUGGAGGAGGCGGGAACAGGUGGGGUGCCCCAGGCUCCCUUGUGCAGCCGCCGGUGUGCGCUCAUUCCGGUACCGGCGGCGCGGGCCAGACAAGCCCCAACGUCAAGGAAGCCAGCAGUGCCUUCCCAGCCCCCUCCACGAUGUCCAAGGCCGAGGAGGCCAAGAAGCUUGCGGGCCACGCGGCAGUGGAGAAUCACGUGAGGAAUAACCAAGUGCUGGGAAUUGGAAGUGGUUCUACAAUUGUCCAUGCUGUGCAGCGAAUAGCUGAACGAGUGAAGCAGGAGAACCUGAACCUCGUCUGUGUUCCCACGUCCUUCCAGGCUCGUCAGCUAAUCCUACAGUAUGGCUUAACACUCAGUGACCUGGACCGACACCCAGAGAUCGACCUUGCCAUUGAUGGUGCUGAUGAAGUAGAUGCUGAUCUCAAUCUCAUCAAGGGUGGUGGAGGCUGCCUGACCCAGGAGAAGAUUGUGGCGGGCUAUGCCAGUCACUUCAUCGUGAUUGCUGACUUUAGGAAAGAUUCAAAGAACCUUGGGGAUCAGUGGCACAAGGGAAUCCCCAUCGAGGUCAUCCCCAUGGCUUAUGUCCCAGUGAGCCGAGCUGUGACUCAGAAGUUCGGGGGUGUGGUUGAACUUCGAAUGGCCAUCAACAAGGCAGGUCCUGUGGUGACAGAUAAUGGGAAUUUUAUCCUGGCCUGGAAGUUUGACCAGGUGUACAAACAGAGUGAAGUGAACACAGCUAUCAAAAUGACCCCAGAUUAAGGUGUGGUGGACACAGGUCUGUUCAUCAACAUGGCUGAGAGGGUCUAUUUUGGGAUGCAGGACGGCUCAGUGAACAUGCGGGAGAAGCCUUUCUGCUGAUGCUACAGGUGUGCAGUGUGCUCACCUGGAAUCCCUGCCCACAGCAGGUGGACACGCCUCUUCCGACCUUUGCCUUAAUGUAUCUGUGCCAAGGUCCUGCUGGCAUGGUGUGGUGGGGUGGGGAGUGAAAUCCAGCCUUCUUGUAUUGUUAUUAAAUGUCUUUUUUAAAAAGAGAAAUAUAUUUUUACUAUUAAAAGUGCUGUGUUUUUAAAA